UAUUCUUACACGAGGGGAGAGGACAGCCAAACCUCUCUCUCUCUUUCUCUCUCUCUUUCUCUCUCUAUCGCUUUAUAUAUAUCCAUUUCUUCUCUCUUACAUCCCUAUCUCCUUCCUCUCAUACAUAAAAUCUUUAGGCCUUGUAUAAGUAUCCAAUUGAAUCAUUUGCAGUAAUUGCAUAUAGAGAGAGAGGGAGAGAGCAGAAAAAGAGGGCCUUUCUUGCCCUCUCUUCUUGUUAUGCCUCCUCUCAGAUCGUAGAUUGUCUCAGUUUUCCUUUUUCUUUGGAAUCCAUGGUUGCUGGUUGAUCCAUAUUUGAUCGGUGAAAGGUCUCUAUGCUUUAGGAUUGAUCCAAGAGUACCCAUUUCGUAAACACCUGUAAAUAUCCAAGCUUUGUUUUAUUCCUUUUGACGAGAAAUGGAAAUGGAGCUUGGAAAGCUAUUCAUUGGUGGGCUUUCAUGGGACACAAAUGAAGACCGUCUUAGGGAGUAUUUCCAGGCUUUUGGCGAAGUCGUGGAGGCUGUGAUAAUGAAGGAUCGGGCUACUGGUCGUGCCCGUGGCUUCGGUUUUGUUGUUUUUGCAGACCCUGCCGUUGCUGAGAGAGUUGUGAUGGAAAAGCAUAUGAUAUAUGGCAGAAAUGUUGAAGCAAAGAAGGCAGUUCCUAAGGAGGACCAAAACAUUGUUAAUAGAAACAGCAGCAACAGUGUACAUGGUUCACCUGGUCCAGCUCGUACAAAGAAGAUAUUUGUAGGAGGUUUGGCAUCUACGGUAACAGAGACUGACUUUAAGAAGUAUUUUGAUCAGUUUGGGAUAAUUACAGAUGUUGUAGUUAUGUAUGACCAUAACACUCAAAGGCCGAGAGGUUUUGGAUUUAUUACUUAUGAUUCAGAGGAAGCGGUGGAUAAAGUGUUGCACAAAACCUUUCAUGAACUCAAUGGUAAAAUGGUUGAGGUCAAGCGGGCUGUCCCCAAAGAACUAUCACCAGGGCCAACUCGGAGCCAGUUAAGUGGGCAUAAUUACGCUCCAAAUAGAGUUGGUAGCUUUCUGAAUGGUUACACUCAGACUCAGGGAUAUAAUCCAAGUUCUACUGGAGGACUUGGUGUUAGAAUGGAUGGUAGGUUUAGCCCUGCUAUAGUUGGCCAGAAUAACGUUUCUCCAUUUGGUCCUGGUUUUGGGAUGGGGCUGAAUUUUGAGCAGGGUUUGAGUCCUAGUUUUUCAAACCUUAACCUUGGCUAUGGGAGACUGAGUCCUUCCUAUAGUGGAAAUUCAAGCAGGUAUCAUAGCCCCAUUGGAUAUAAUGGAGUCGUUGGUGGAAAUAGUUCUGCUUUAAGUUCGACAGCUCGAACUUUGUGGGGUAAUGGAAGCAUUAAUCAUCCUUCAAACUCAAAUUCUAGUACUUUUAUGGGCUCAGGAACUGGAAACUCUGGAAUGGGUUCUUCUGGCAGUAUUGGUGGACUCUGGGAUUCCUCAGUUAAGCCUGAACAGGGUGGAGGUGCUGGCUCUGCUUAUAAUGGUAGCAGUCUUAGUUACAACUGGGGAGAUUUCAAUGUUGGUCUUGGAGGGGUAGGGUAUGGAAGAAGCAAUGGGGCAAGUGUUGCGCCAGUAUCAUCUCAUGCUGCAUCACAUGAUGAUUAUGAUGGUUCUUAUGCAAGCAUUUUUGACAAUGGCUUGUCAUAUGGGGAUUCUGCAUGGCGAUCUUCACCUUUAGAGCAAGAGGGUUCUGGCUCAUUUGGAUUUGGUCUUGGAAAUGCAGCUACAGAUACUGUGACUAAUAAGUCUGCUAGUUAUUUUGGCAGUUACAAUGUUGCCAAUAGACAAGCAAAUAGAGGAAUUGCUGCUUAGGAUAAUCAUGAUGUGAAUGUAGGAGAAGCAUAUGUGAUUAAGUGAAAUUUUUAUGGUUUCCUUGCUCAGAUGUUUGCAGUUUAUAUGAGAACUUGAUUAGAGCUGAUGGGUUUGGCUGUUUUGAUGAAUUUAUCGUAGAAUGCAGUCGGAAAGAAUUCUGUGUAAGGUUUGAAGCUUUGAGUUUUUCUAUGGUAUAGGUUUUUCUUUCUUGGAAUUUGAUUAAGAUGUAAAAUCAGAUAGUGGGGUAUACACAGAAUUACUAUAUCAUGUGUCUCCGGUGACACACUGAUACACAAAAAGAAUCAACCUUUUUUCUUUAUCCCUUUUUAAUUCCCUACCCUACCCAACUAUUUUGUCUUUUGUUUUUUUUUUCCCCCACUUGUCUGAUAUCCAGCAAAUUGCUGGUUCUUGUCAAGUAUGUUGUUUUUGUUAUAGUUUCCCUUUGUUAGGUAUUUUUCUUCCAAUCAGCAGAUUGUAAAAGAUGUUUUAUUUACUAGUGUGGGAUGGUCAUCCAGCCUCCAAAAGAAUAACCAAAUAACAAGUUAUAUAGUGAUUCAUAUUCA